AUGUCGACCAACACACAGACUCAUGACCCCACCGCCCAGGGCGCCCACUCCAAGGGCCACGAUCUCACGCCUCAGCAAAAGAUCGACACGUUGCUCGAGAUCACCAAGCACAUUGGCACCGGUAUGCUCACGUCGCGCUCUGUUGACGGCAAGCUCGCCUCUCGCGCCAUGGCACCCGCCACCACCGAGGGCCUCGUCUUCUCCUUCUACAUCAACACAGAAUCGGGCAAGACGGACGACAUUGAGGUGGACCCUCAAGUUAACGUCGCCUAUUUUGACCCCAAGACCACCGACUGGGUCUCGAUCUCAGGCAAGGCGGUGCUCAACAAGGACCAGAGCAAGAUCAAGAAGCACUGGUCCAGCUCUCUCAAGGCAUGGUUCGACGACAAGAAGGACGGCAAGCACACUGGUGACCACAACGACCCUCGUGUCGUGCUUCUCGAUGUACACCCAGACGAAAUCCGCAUCUUCAAGGCGGAUGGAAAGCUCAGCGCUUGGGCUCAGACCGCAAAGGCGGCCAUCAGCGGCCAUGCUGCUAGCCCUGGAAAGCUCGUCAUCAUCACCAGCCAGGAGAUCCAGCUGGCUUCCAGCGUGCACAAGCCUCUGUAA